UUGCCUGGGCUGCCUACCAGCGGCGCGCCACGAAAACCGAUGCAGACCGGCGUCAAUUGCAAACGCUGAGCAGGCUCCGCCGCGUAGUGCACGCUCUUCCGUCAUGGGAUGGCCGUCGGCCGCGAUGCUGCUGUUCGUCGUCGCUCUCCUCUGCGUCGCCGCUCGGGGCCCACUGGCGGCCGAGGCUGCAGCGGCCACCAAGCAGCCCGCCAAGUUUGAAAGCACCACCACGGCCUUGCCGGCCUCGACCGCCGCAAAGCUGCGAGCAGCCCCGGCGGACGAUGACGGCAAGAAUGACGUCCAGGACAGGCCGGUCACCAGCGGCGUCGAGCUCGAGGAUUACGACGAUGCUGCCGACGAGCUGCCCAGCACAGAUUUGAAAGCACGGGCCCAACAGUCUGCAACGCCUGGCGAGGAAAGCGACGACGAAGAUGACGAAGACGACGACUAUGAUUCCACGGACGACUUCGAUGACGCGACGCAACCGAGCGAGUCGACGACAGGGUCCACACCGACCACUGCCAAGGCAGGGAGUUCCACUACUGCGGCAGAACAAAAUGCUGCGACGAAAAGUAUCGGCGAGCCAACGCCGCUAGCUACUACUAAUGUCACAAAAGGUAGCACGGCGCCGACCACUCAGCCUUCUACCACGACCAAUUCGGCGUCUUCUGUGACGGCAACAGCGACGACGACUACUACUUUAGCCACAAGUCCAACCACCGCAGUCACAACAGCAUCUCCUGAGGUGUCCACUGUGUCAGCCACUUCUACACAGGGCAGCAAAAUGCUGAAAGCCGACGCGACUACAACCGGCGUAGAAAGUACGACGUCACUAGCCGAGCCUACUUCAGUGAGUGGCACUACUGAGAACCCCGACGUAACCACAGCGGUCAAAGACGGUUCUGAUGUCACAGUGAAGUCAGAAAAUGAACCAGAAUUCAGCGGAGACAAUCAAAUCGCGGCUUACGAGGGAGCGGCCUCUUCGCUCUCCGUGAGGGCUGUCGAGUCGACUACUUCUUCCACCACCACGACGGAGCCUUCGACCACCGAAUCCACUACCACAGAGUCAACUACAACGGAGUCGACAACCACCGAGUCCACCACUACGGAAUCAACGACUACGGAAUCUACAACUACAGAGUCCACUACCGCGGAAGGCACGACAGUGGAAACGACGAGUACAGAAACAUCAACGACGGAGUCUUCUACUGCUUCUUCUGACGAGGUUUCAACGACUGCCGAUAGCACCACUGAGUCUGAUUCCACCACCUCAAGUGAAACGACGUCCGCAGUAACCGGAGUGGAAGGUUCGACAGCAAGUGGAGCGAGGGAAAUGGAAGAUUUGGAUGACACUGGAGGAACGACUACUCAGAGUACACCAGAGAUCACCACGGUCAGGGAUUACGAGCCCGAUUUGAACGCCGUUAUUAACCAGUUCAUGACACAGAUCCUGCCUUUAACGACGCGGUUUCUCUCCGACACCAACGUUUCCGCUGACUGCGUCAACCACUUGUGGAAAGUGUACCAGGGAUUUCGUCGGCAAGACGCUUGGGCGCUCAGGUUGGUGACCUCAUCGGGACUGAUCCCAGCCAACCUGUUCGAGGGCUCCCUAAGCAACCUGGGAAGCUAUGAGCAGUGCCUGCGCACACGGGCGGUGAACAGCGAAGGUGAAGUGGAAGUCCAGGGACGAUACUGCUCGCUCUUCUUCCGGCCGCCACCACUCUAUUACAACCGCACCAGCGAACAGUUCAAGGCCAUCGGAGAGAUGCAGGGACGGCGAAGUCUGCUCAAUUGGGAGAAGGGGGAACGCGGCUACAUCAGCUCUGACGUCCGAGUCGGCCUUUGUAUUCCCUCCGGCUGCAGCGCCCACGACAUUUCACAUCUGGCUAACCUGAUCGUCCAAGAUUAUGGCGCCAGAGCUGUCGUCAAGAGCUGCAGAAUCGACGAGCCGUUUACACUGUCAGACCUCCAGAUCGGAAUUCUGUGUGCCCUCGGCGGCUCCGUAGGGCUCGUGCUCCUAGCAACCCUGGUGGAAAUCUGCCUCUUUUGCUGCUCAAACCACAAAGUGUCGGACCCGAAAUAUGACGUGGUUCCGGUGAAGGUGGUCAAGUGCUUCUCACUGGUGCACAACACGAGACGGCUCAUCAGCACCCACUUCGACACCAACUGCCCCCGCAAGCCGGUGCGCUUCGUCUACGGCGUCAAGGUCUUCAUGAUGCUCUGGAUCAUACUCGGCCACAGCUACUACACCUCCAACUUUCAGACACUUCACUCCGGCUACCGGAUCAUGGACCUGUACAGCCAGGUGCACGCGCAGCUGCUUGGCAGCGCCUUCUACGCCGUUUCCACCUUCUUCUUCAUGAGCGGCUUCGUGUUGGCGUACUUCAUGCGGCAAAGCAAGGACGAGACCAUCAUGCGGCCUUUCCUGGCGCUUUACGUUUUUGCCGUGGUGCGACGGUAUCUAAAGCUGACGAUUCCGGCGAUGGUGGUGGUGCUGUGCUUCUUCCUGUUCCCGCUGUUCAUAUCGGGACCUCAGGACCAGGACCUGAUGGGCCAGGAGCAAGAGGGCUGCAACGGAAACUGGUGGACCAUCAUGGCCCAGAUAGUCAACUUUGUACCUACUGAAAAAAGGUGUAUGCAGCAAUACUGGUACAUCAGCAGCGACAUGCAGAUAUUCCUUGUCGCUGUACCUAUGUCCAUCAUAUUUGUGAGGAGCCCGGCAUGCGGCUUCUCCUUGGCGCUGCUGCUCAGCGUUCUGGCAUCUGUGGCGGCUGGUCUCGUAACGUAUAUGAAAGACCUGAAACCAUCUAUCGCGUUCACAAUCGACGACUACAGCCGCAAUCUGGAAACUGCGGAAUUCGUCCACGAACUUCCUUACUCUAACCUGGCCACCUACUUCAUGGGAAUACUCUCCGGUUACUGCGCUGCCACUUGGAAUAAAGCGUGCAUAAACAAGGUGCUGCAGGCCUUCCUGUGGAUCUUGGCGCUGUGCCUGAAUGUGUUCUUGGUGUUUGUGCCGUACGCGUGGAAUCGGUGCGAGACGGACGAUUUGAAGCAGCUGUACGCGUCCUUCUACGGCGGCAGCUACCGCUACCUCUGGGGCCUCUCCUGGUGCUGGAUCGCCUACGCAUGCGCCACAGGAAGAGGAGGGAUCCUCUCCAGAUUCCUCUCCUGGAAUCCCUUCGUGGUCCUGGGAAGGCUGACGUUCGGCGUGUAUUUAAUACAAUACGUCGUCUUCAUCGCCAGGCAAGGAGUCAGCACAAACACAUUGCAAGUCAACGAGUUUCUACAGGUCAAAGACUCUUUGGGCGUGGCCGUGAUCAGCUACUUCUUCGCCUACCUCCUGUACUUGGUGUACGAGGCGCCCGUGUCCGGCAUCACGCGGAUGAUCUUCCAGUUCCACAAAAUCCGCAAGUCGGGAGGAGGCUCCAAGAAGCGGCCACAGCAGCCGCAACCCGAGUCGCCGCCUCCAACCGCGACCACAUCCGAGCCGACCUCGAACGGCUCGGCAGCUACGCCCAUGGCCAACAACGACUCGAACCACACCACUACUACCAUUCCUGAAGAACCUUAGUCCAGAGCUCUAAACGCGCGGCAAAACCAGGAACGUACGGCUGUGUCACAAGCAUCGGCGUGGGGAGAAGCAGGAGGAGGAAAAGAAACGGCGGCGCGUAAUUUCGGUUAUCGAGCCCCUUCGACCAUCGCUUGUUGGACCUACUCUCCCCACUGGUAGUCGAGAUCAAGGUAUCCUUGUGCGAGACCACCAUUAUCAGCGACACUGCCUAAAGGGAAACCAACUUCACGUGUUCGUCUGACUAGCGUUUCUCGGCUCUGCGGAAAAGUGUGGUAACAACUGUACUUCUGGGUCACGCUAGCGGAGUGCUUUCAUUUGCCUUGGUACCGCAUCGAUUCUGAACUCCGUUGUCGUAUCCACAGCAGCUAUUUGAAAAGAGAUCCCGGAUGGCACAGCGAACCCACGUGAUGACGUGGGAGUGAGCGCGCAUAGCUUUCAUCUGAAAUACUCUCGCAUACUGCAUUCCGUGGCAUGCGGCGCUAAAAAAAGAGCAAAAGCGAAGCUGCCCGCCGUUACAUCAGCACUGGGCCGCUUCUCGACGUACGGCCUCUGGGGUGCUGUAGAGCCUCGGGAAGGGCAUGCCAAACGUUAAUGCCAGUUGUAGCACCGCAAAAGUUGUCGUUGACGUGAAAGAAUGUAGAGCUUAUCGACCACAGUGAUUUCUCCCAUGCCGGAUGCCAAGCACGAACACUCGUACGGCCCGCGAUAGAAGCCGUGAAAGUCAUAGUUCAUUCCCAGAUUGCCGCUCUCUUUAUUUCGUUUUGUGUGUGUGUGUGAUGUGUCUUUCACGCGCGUUGGUGCCUUGUUUUCGAGAGUCAAGAAGACGAUUAUGAGGUUCAGCUGGACUUGUUUUCAACGAGUUCGAGGUCAACUGCCCCUGAUGACUCUUGCAAGAUGUCUUGAGGGACAAAUGUAUUAAAGAAUUGUUUGCUACAAA